CCAGCGCUGGGGCACUGUCCAUCACCGCCUCCCGUUGCUCGCCGGGAUUUGUAGUCGUGGCUGAAGGGAAGGUGCGCGUGCGCGGCGAUGGGCCGCGGUUGCUUUUCUUAUUCUCCUUCUCUGCCUCUGGUUACCUGCCUGUCGGCCCUGUGGAAUCGACAAAGGAAAAGCUUGCUUUUAAUGAAAUAUUUAUCACUUGUUGAGAAAUCAGUCAAUAAACCUGUUCAGAACCUAAUGUCAUCAGAAACACCAAUAGAAAGCCCAAAGGUGCCAACAGAAAAUACUAUGUCCCCUAAAGUUCCUGAUGUGGAAGAAAAGAUCAAGUCCAGUGGCAGUCCAGUAGAGAGACACGAGACAGGCUCAAACAAGGAAGAAUGCCUUGAGCUCCUGUCCAAGAGGCAAAGGAAGAAGCUGUUGAAGCAGAAACAGUGGGAAGAACAGAAAGAUCUACGGAGGCAGAAACGAAAAGAAAAACGCCAGAAGAGAAAACAAGAACGUCAGUCAAAGUUGGACUCCAGUAAUGAAGGGAAUGAUAGAAAGCGUGUGCGAAGGGAAGUUGUUCCUAGUACACUUCGCCUCAUUGUGGACUGCAGCUUUGAUGACCUGAUGGUACUAAAGGAUGUUAAGAAGCUUCACAAGCAAAUUCAGAGAUGUUAUGCAGAAAACCGCAAAGCAUUUCAUCCUGUGCAGUUUUACUUGACCAGCCAUGGGGGACAGUUGAAGAGCAACAUGAAUGAAAGUAACAAAGGAUGGGUGAACUGGAAGGAUAUUCAAAUUAGAGCAGAGCACUAUACUGAGCUAAUAAAGAAAGAAGACCUAGUAUAUCUUACAUCAGACUCCCCAGAUGUUCUCAGUGAGCUUGAUGAGAAGAAAGCCUAUGUCAUUGGAGGACUGGUGGAUCACAACCACCACAAGGGAAUUACUUACAAAAAGGCUGUAGAGCAGGGCAUUGAUCAUGCACAGCUCCCCCUUGGAAACUUUGUCAAGAUGAAGAGUCGGAAAGUGUUAGCUGUCAAUCAUGACUGAGAUCUGUGUAAAACACUGUACUGCAAAACAACUGCAAGUGCAGCUGAGAGCGCUUUUCUCCUGUUCAGGUUUGUAUCCCAAGGCGACUACUUUGUAGUAUAUGUUCCCAUAUUGCUUCAUUCACCUCUAGAAUGAUGUCCGCCAACUGUUCCCACUACCUUUUUCUGUCCUUGCAAAAGACUUUUGUUGCUGUUGCAGCCCAUCAUAGAAGCCUCCGUUCUCGUGUGGAAGCUGCUCUCUUUUGACCAAUUCUGGUUUUACUAUGCAGAUAAAGGAAGUUCUAGAGCAAGGGCAAAGAAACAUGCUCCUUAUACUCCACUUGUCUCUUAAGCCACAAAUGCUUUCUGUGUGAGGGGAUAUGAAUAUAGUCUUUUGAGAGCUCAUACCUUCACAGUAAGUUUCAAGUGAAUAACCUGUGUAGUAAAAUGGCCAACUCUUCAAUCUCCACGUCUCAGAGAGCAGCUGGCUGUCCAGUAAACCUGGUUUCAGGAAACCUCUAGUAAAUAAGCCACUUUUCUGUAACUUGACUCUCAUGAGUGCAAGAUCCAUGCUGCUUCUCCCUUUCUGCACACUGCCUAACCUCUGUAACUUUUUUCCCUUCUUAGCUCCUUUGAUCCUUUCUCAUAUGCUGUCACUUAGCCUCAAGAAUGCUUGUGCUGGGUGUAUUUGUUGAAGUCAGCGUUCUCCAGUGGUGUUUAGCCCUGUUUCUACAGCCUCAAGCUUGAAGAGCCACCCCUCUGUUGCAGAUUUGUCAUCCAAGUCUGUCUGACUUACCAGCUGUACAUAGGGCCACCUCCUGCCUUUCCUGCUGCUGCUGAGCCAUAGGGUUUGAAUACUCUCAAUCUGUGUUGAGAGGGUUGUUUUUUUAGGUAGCCUAAGAUUUUUCUAAGUAAGAAUUUGCUGAUAAAUUUUGUAUAUAAUGCAGUUUGGAUCUAUUGUCAAUCAGGGAAAGUUUUGGUAGCUGAAACAGAAGGGGAGUGGACUGUAUGGAUAGCGUAAUAGAAACAGCAAGAAAGGGUCACAGACUAAGAGACCAGUAAGGAUUUUUGCUAUAAGCUCAGCUAGAAAUGAAGGAGAAAGCUGAUUUAUGGCAGGUUUUAGAAAGACUUCCAGCUGUCCAUAUGUUAGCAAGGGGACAAAGUCAUUGCUAAAGUACAUCCACAGCAGUAUUCCUGUCAAGCAUCAGAAAGCAUUAGGCACUGGUAAGCCCUGAAGUACUCGGGGUGGCGGGAGGAGCAAUUCUCUCUGACCCUGA